AUGUCUCUAAAUUACAUCAAAAACUUCUAUGAAGGAUGUAUGAAGCCUCCUACCGUGAUUGGCCAAUUUCACACCCUUUUCUUUGGAUCGGUUCGAAUGUUCUUCCUCGGGGUCUUAGGCUUUGCAGUCUACGGGAAUGAGGCUCUGCACUUCAGCUGUGAUCCGGACAAGAGAGAAAUAAACCUCUUCUGUUACAAUCAGUUCAGACCAAUCACUCCACAAGUGUUCUGGGCAUUACAGCUAGUGAUUGUCCUGGUUCCUGGAGCUAUUUUCCAUCUAUAUGCUGCAUGUAAAAGCAUCAAUCAAGAAUGCAUUCUUCAAAAGCCCAUCUACACUGUGAUCUACAUCCUCUCUGUUUUGUUAAGAAUUAGCCUAGAAGUGGUAGCAUUUUGGCUUCAGAUUCACCUUUUUGGUUUCCAAGUAAAACCUCUCUACCUGUGUGAUGCUGUGUCUCUUGGGAAAAAAUUUACUAUUAUAAAAUGCAUGGUGCCGGAACACUUUGAGAAGACCAUUUUUCUCAUUGCAAUGUAUACAUUUACUGUCAUUACAAUAGUAUUAUGUGUUGCUGAGAUUUUUGAGAUCAUAUUUAGAAGAUUAUGCUUUCUAAUCAGUCAAUGACCAAAAGGAUGAUUAACUACUGUCAUGCCACAAUUAUUUAUCAACCAUUUUUAUUUAGUUUUAUCUUAUUCAGUGAGUACCUCAACUUCAAACAUAAAUAUCUGUUUUUUAAACUUACCUCACUGUGUCU